AUGAUUAGAUCUACAACAUCAAAACUUUUGUUGUUCAAUGGAUCAUCAAGAUCAUUUAUAAGAUCACCAUCACCAUUGUCAUCUACUACUACUACUUCACUAUUUUUAAAUAGAUAUAAUAAUAAUAAUAGUAUUAAUAAUACUCAUAUUUCGUCAAUAGCAAAUAUUAGAAGUUUUUCAUCUAGAGAUAGACAAGAUAGAGAAAGGGAAAGAGAAAGAGAAAGAGAUAGGGAUAACAGAUCAGAUAGAGAAAUUCAAAAGGAAAAACAAAGAGAUAGAUUAGAUAGAGAGAAACAACAAAGAUAUAAUAAUAAUAAUAAUAAUGGACAUUCAUCAAAUAAUAAUAUUAAUAUAAUGUUGAGUUGGAAGGUGAAAUCUAUAAAUGUUCAACAUUCUGCUUGGCAAAGACUUUCAGAAAGGAAAUUGGUUUCACUUCCAGAUGACUUUUCACUAGAGAAAGUAUUUUCAACAUCAAAUGUGAAAUGGCUUAGAUACAAUCCCAACAACAGUGAUACAGCUGAUUCAUCAAAUGAACAAAAUCAAACAGCAUCCACAUCGACAUCAACACCAUUAAGUGGAUCCGAUGUAUUUAUAUUUCCAUCGUUUGGAUGUGUUGUUAGUUGGGGUGUUCCGGAGCACGCUCAGCGACGUCUGUUGGCAUGGCUACAGGAAUACAAAGUCGAUGCACAUCCCGAUCAGCUCGAUAUCUACCGCUACACCGACAGUGGUAACCGCUUUGAAAUCACCAAAAACCAAGACUUGGUGACACUCUCGACCGACCCCGAAGCCAAUUUCAACGAGAAGUUUGCAGUGUCCUAUGCAUUUGCGCAGUCGGUGCGUCUCUUCCUCAUCGAGGACGACGUCAUGAAGCUCAGUGAGAAGGUGGCAUCGCUUCCCGACCAACUCUCUCGCAACGGAACUGUACAAAUCUCAAAGAAAGAAAUCGUAAUGCAACUAGGUGAACAAAUGAAAAUUAAGAACUAUCUUAAUCUUCAUUCCGAUAUUAUCGAUACUCCAGAACAUUUCUGGGAACAUACAGAAGGUGAAGGUAUCUAUAAAACAGUUAGAAGUCAUUGUGAAAUCGAUAAGAGAGUUAGAAUCAUGAAUGAAAGAUUAAACUUGAUAAGUGGAAUCUACGAUGUAAUCAAUGAUGAACAGAAACACAGUCAUUCCAUUCGUUUAGAGAGAAUCAUCAUUGCACUCAUUGCAGUAGAAGGUACAUCAAGUAUUUUACAUUGGUUCUUUUAA